UCAAAAGGCCAAGUUAGCCACAUGUGGCCUUGGGGCUGCUGCAGCUUCCCCACCCCUGGGCUGGGUCAUGUAGGCCUCUGAAUGCCAAAAGAGAGCAUUUGUAUUUGAUUCUGGAGGCCAUUGGGACCCACUGGAGUUUAUUGAGUAGAGGGGUGACACGGUCAGACCUGUUCUUUAGGAAAAUCACUCUAGUGGCUGAAUGAAGGACCGACUUGAAGCAGGCAGAGUUUGAAGAGCAUAGUGCGUUCCGAGGAAACAACAGGAAAAUGUAAAAACAGGUCAGCAAAUACUCUACAAUGUACUGUCCUGGGGCGUUGAGAGGUUGUGCCUUGGGCAGGUUCACACAGCCAGAAUACAUCGAGUUGGGACUUGAAUCUCCAAGGCUAGCGCUUUAACCACUACUGCCUGCUCAGAUUCCAAGUCCUUACUAAGGGGAUGAGGAAGAGCCUCAAAUCAUCUUGGGCCCUGCAGCUUCCAUGGAUGAGCAGAAGGAAGGUGGGGGUCCCUACCCCCACCCCAGAUUCCUCCAGAUCAGAUUCCCGCCCUCAGGGCACUGGGCCAGGCAGGGAAAGCUGGUUUAUCUUUAAUGAGGUCACCUGAUCCCAGAGGGCAAGAGCCAGGCCCAGCCAAGUGGCUUAUGAGAUGGGCGCUGGUACCCACUGAGCCAUCACCUGCCCUGUGCCCUGGACGGUGCCCCUACAGCCAUGAACCAGGCCUUUUGGAAGACCUACAAGUCAAAGGUGCUGCAGACCCUGGGCGGAGAGUCUGGGGAAGAGCUCUCAGAAGAGACAGAGAGUCCAGUGCUAGCCGAGCAGGAGGAGGUGCAGCUGACAGAGGAGACCAGCAAUCCCAUGUCCCAGUUGGCCCGAAGGGUCCAAGGUGCUGGGGUGAAAGGCUGGAGGACAAUGUCAUCCUUGUUCAACAAAGAAGAUGAGGACAAGUUGCUGCCUUCAGAACCCUGUGCUGACCAUCCCCUGGCAGCACCGCCCCCCACGGAGGAUGCCCCCAAGGGGCCAGGCUUCUGGGAUGCCUUCGCCAGCAGAUGGCAGCAGCAGCAGCAUCACCAGCAGCCGCCGCAGGAGGCCGAGGUGGCGGCGGAGGCCAUGCUCCGGGGUGAAGGGGCUGCCGAGCCAGAGCGGGAGGAUGGAGCCGAUGACGGCGCCGAGCCUGACCCAGCCGCUGGCUUCAAGUGGGGCUUCCUAACCAACAAACUGGCUGAGAUGCGCAGCAAAGCCGUCCCCAAAGGAGAUUAGCUGCCCCCCAACACCUGUGCCCCGUCCCAUUCACACCCACCCCAUAAAGGACCAAAAGAUCCUGCUGACCCGGUGUUUCUCAGGCAAUACAAGGGGAUUUACGAGAUGCCGGGGCAGGGGGAGUGUGGAUGCCCAUGUCACCCGGCCCAAGGCAGAUAGUUUCUCCUUCCCUGGCCUUAAACCUCCCCAAACACAAGGGCAGGUGGAGAGGGAAGGCCCAUCCACUUCCCAGAUGGGCCCAGAGUGCAAUAAGAGAGAUUGAGGUUAGAUUUCAGGAAGAACUUCCUUUGGCAGUCAGGAAGAAGAUAUGGGAAAGAUGUCCAGCUCCUCUUCUCCUUCACUGUGGGCCCAAGCCCCUUCCCCUAUCCCUCCACCUCCCACCCCAGGCUGGAAAGGCAGCCACUCUCUCUCUCAUUACAUAGUAAGAUAAUGUAUGUGUAGCACUUUGAAACCUUCAUUCAAUAUACAAAUGUUAUCUAUUA